AUGGAGCAAGCGAGCAGCGCGCAGGCCGAGCUCAGCCUCGAGCUCACCCUGGUCGCCGACGUGGGUGUGGUGCCGGCGGACGCAGGCUUUUUCCUCUGCGUCUACUGCUACCGCAGGUUCCGCACCUCGCAGGCACUCGGCGGCCACCAAAACGCGCACAAGCAAGAGCGCGCCGUCGCUAAGCGACGCCGGGAUGCCGCCGCCGCGAUGCGCCCCUCCCCUGCCAGGAAGGCUGCUGCUCGAAUGCCGGAGGAGCCUGCUGGUGGUGUCAUGGCGCACAAGGACGGCAGCAGCUGCCGGGAGAGCGACCCCGAGCUGGACUUGUCUCUCCGUCUGUAACAGGUCGGCCGAAUGAUCUCUGCUAAAAUCCUUGCUCCACACCCCUUAUUUCCAGUGCUAGGUACGUACUCCGUACAUCAUAGUCCGGCUAUUUGGCGUGAACUCUUUGUUCCAAUAUCCAGUUGGGUAUAUAUACUAUGAAAAAAAGCUCAUGUUGAGCAUGCUUUGAAUUCA